AAUUAUAACACCAGAAUUAGGAUGCGAAGUAAUCAAUUUCUGAAAACCUCCAUGGUUAUUCUGUGACAAAGAUAAGAGCUCUUAUAUUUCAGCUGAUGGCUCAAACUUGUAUCAAUCUGCAUUUAAGUAUUUUUGUUAGUUAUCAAUUCUUCUCUAAUGUCUUAUAAUGUUGAUGUGUGGUAAAAGUUUUGGCAGUAAAGAUGGAAUCUUUAUCCUCAUAUGGUUGGAUUUUUGAAAUAUGACAUUGCUGAAGAGGUAUGUGUUGAGAUUGUUCAUAUCAUUGAAGUACAUCACUGCAAAUGUGGUAGACAGAAACAACGGGCGUAUAGUAGCAACAUCAUCUACCGUUGAACAUUCAGUGAAACAGUCACUUGAGUGCGGUAGAACUUGCAAUGCAAAGGCUGCAGCGAUUGUAGGGGAAGUGUUGGCAAUGCGUCUCAAAGUGGAGGGUCUUGAUCAGGGGCAAGGAAACGGGAUCCAUGUCAAUGUAAAUAAAGAGGUUGAGAAGAAAGGUUUCAAGAAUCGUACAAAAGUUUGGGCAAUAGUUAAUGGCCUUAAGAGCAAUGGAGUGAAACUUAUUUUGGAUGACAACGAAAAUGAUACUUCUCGUCCUAACUUCCACUAACAUAGUGCGUUGAUCCUCUUUGCACAUCCACAAGGUACAAAAAGUGAAUUGCAUCUCAUCUCAGUAAAUUAAUUGUACUCAAUAUGUAGUUGACUCUUAAAAUUAUAUCAUGCUUUAUUUUAUAAAGUAAAAAUAUAUUAAAGUA